AUGUAUAGCGACCACCGGGGCACGGGCGAGGUCCGGUCGCCCUAUCUCUUCGUCUACCACAGCCCGGGUUGCUGGAGAAUCGGGAAUUAA